AUGUCGUCCAGCGAUAAGAAUGGGGGCAGCCGGUCGAGCACCAGCAGCAGCCGCCUGCAGAGCAGGAAGCCGCCUGACCUCUCCAUUACCAUCCCACCGGUGGAGCUACAGGAGGAAAGCAACCCAAAACCUCUGAAAAACCCAGUGUAUCAAAAGAGCGUGAGCCUACAGGAGCCCAGAGGGAAAAGGGAUGAGAACGUGUUGGAGAGACGUCCCGGCUUCCACAGACAGACCUCCCUGUCCCAGAGCAUCCGCAAGGGGACAGCCCAGUGGUUUGGUGUCAGCAGUGACUGGGAGGGAAAGCGGGAGCACUGGCAACGCAAGAGCCGGCAGCACUGCAGCAUGCGAUAUGGCAAGCUCAAGGCCCCCUACCGAGACAUGGAGCUACCCAGUCAGGAGGUGCCCUCCUUCCAAGGCACCGAGUCACCGAAGCCAUGCAAGCUGCCCAAGAUCGUAGACCCUUUGGCCAGAGGCCGUCCAUUCCGGCAUCCGGAUGAAGUCGAUCGUCCUCGGACCCCUCACCCUGUUCUACCACCCCAGACGCCUGGAGUCCUCUCCCUGACCUCCUUCACCAGCGUGCGGUCGGGCUACACCCGUUUGCCCCGUAGGAAGCGGGAGUCUGUCGCCCACAUGAGCUUCAGGGCAGCUGCGGCUAUCCUCAAAGGACGUUCAGUUUUGGAGCCCUCGGCAUCGAAACAGAGAGGCAACAAGCGGAGCUUCCUGUAUCCCAGCAUCCCGGAUGAGGACAUGGUGGAUGCUGCAGAUACGCUGGACUCCUCAUUCUUCAGUAAGGCAAGCAUGAUAGAUGCGCACGAGGAGAUGUAUUCCAUGCCGGACGAAGUGUUCGAAUCGCCACCCCUCUCAGCCGCUUACUUCCAAGGGCUUCCUCCUCUGGACGGCGCCCGAUCCUCUGAGGUGGAGCAACCUGAAGGUGUCGGGGUCUCGGUGUCGGCAGUCCCCGGUCCUAAGAGAGGCAAGCGGAUCGCUUCCAAAGUGAAGCACUUCGCCUUUGACCGCAAGAAGCGAUACUACGGGCUGGGGGUGGUGGGCAAGUGGCUGAACAGGACGUACCGCCGGAGCAUCAGCAGCGUAGUCCAGUCUCAGCUGGAGAACACAGACAGUCACAGGCCGUAUUUCACCUAUUGGCUCACCUUCGUCCAUAUCAUCAUCACUCUGCUGGUUAUCUGCACGUAUGGCAUCGCGCCAAUCGGGUUUGCCCAGCACGUGACGGCGGAGUUAGUGCUGAGGAACAAAGGUGUGUAUGAGAGUGUGAAGUACAUCCAGCAGGAGAACUUCUGGAUUGGCCCGGGCUCGAUCGACCUGAUCCACCUGGGAGCCAAGUUCUCCCCUUGCAUCCGCAAGGACCAGCAGGUUGAGAAGCGCAUUCAAAAAGAGAGGGACCAGGAGCGUAACUCGGGCUGCUGCGUCCAAAACGACAACUCGGGCUGCAUCCAGACUCAGCGAAAAGACUGUUCGGAGACGUUAGCUACUUUCACAAAGUGGCCAGACUCUAACUCCCCGACGAUCCUUGGCAAUUCCAGCUGGAAGCGAAUGUCCGGGGCUGUAUGCCAUCAGGAUCCCAGGACGUGCGAGGAGCCGGCCUCCACUCCGCCUCACGUCUGGCCAGAUGACAUUACCAAGUGGCCGAUUUGCACCUAUCAAGCCAAAAACAACCACACAGGCUUUUUGCACCUGGACUGUGAGAUCAAAGGGAGACCGUGCUGUAUCGGUACCAAAGGCAGCUGCGAGAUCACUACGCGGGAAUACUGCGAGUUCAUGCACGGCUACUUCCACGAGGGGGCAACUCUCUGCUCGCAGGUCCAUUGCUUGGAUGAUGUGUGUGGCCUCCUCCCCUUCCUGAACCCAGAAAUCCCGGAUCAGUUCUACAGACUCUGGCUGUCCCUUUUCCUUCACGCCGGGAUAGUUCACUGCCUGGUAUCCGUGAUCUUCCAGAUGACAGUCCUCAGGGAUUUGGAGAAACUGGCAGGCUGGCAUAGGAUCUCAAUCAUCUUCAUCCUCAGCGGCAUCACUGGCAACCUGGCCAGUGCCAUCUUCCUUCCAUACCGAGCAGAGGUUGGCCCUGCUGGAUCCCAGUUUGGCUUGCUGGCCUGCCUCUUUGUGGAGCUCUUUCAAAGCUGGCAGAUCCUAGAGAAGCCCUGGAAGGCUUUUCUGAACCUCUUUGGGAUCGUCCUCUUUCUGUUUCUGUGCGGCCUCCUGCCUUGGAUCGACAAUAUCGCCCACAUCUUCGGCUUCCUCAGCGGCCUCCUGCUGUCCUUUGCCUUCCUCCCCUACAUCACCUUUGGCACCGGGGACAAGUACCGCAAGCGGGCCAUGAUCAUUGUCUCCAUGCUGGUCUUUGUGGGUCUCUUUGCGUCCCUGGUGAUCUGGCUCUACGUCUACCCCAUCAACUGGCACUGGAUCGAGUAUCUCACCUGCCUGCCCUUCACCAGCAAGUUCUGCGAGAAGUAUGACCUGGACCAGGUUUUGCACUGA